AUGAUCCCCCCCGAUGAGUCUGCGGUGUCACCGCCGGAUGACUUCGACGAGGGUAACGACAUCGGAAGCUUCCAAUCCUCAUUAACUUCCGUCACCUCAUCUAUUCUUCAUGGCGUUGUGGGCGAAGGCCAGCGCAUCUACGCUGCGUAUGGGAAAGAGGAGUAUGGACUCCCCAUGGAUGACCAGGAACUUGACCGCAUGGAUCUGUGUCACCAGAAAUAUUUUUCCCUCCUGAAACAGCGACGUUUUCUAUCACCGAUUAACGAAAACCCACAGAGGAUUCUGGAUCUGGGAUGCGGUACAGGAAUAUGGUGUGUCGAGGUCGCCGAUGAGUAUCCAGGGGCACAGGUUGUUGGUGUUGAUAUAGCCCCUACACAGCCGCAAUGGGUACCGCCAAAUUGCCAGUUCGAACUUGACGAUAUCGAGCAGACGUGGACGUGGAAGGCUGACAGUGCCGACUUCAUCUUUUCUCGAGAUCUCAUCCUAUCUGUGCGAAACUUUCCGAAACUAAUAGACCAAGCCUACAGACAUCUAAAACCUGGCGGGUGGAUCGAAUUCCAGUGUCACACUGGAUUACUACAAUGCGACGAUGGCACUCUGCCCGAAGAUAGCACAUUUCGGUCUUGGGCAAAUCUAACCAAGACGGCAUGCGAAAGAUUCGGUACUCCAGUGGAUGAUCCGACCCGGUUUAAACAGUGGUUCGAGGAACGAGGAUUCGAAUGUGUGACAGAGGAGGUGUAUAAGAUGCCUUGCACUCCUUGGGCCAAGGAUAAGCGCUUGAAACUCAUUGGAGCCUGGGAGCAACACAACUUGAUGAAUCACCUGGAGGGCUUGACGAUGCGGCUAUUCCAAAAGAGCCUGGGCUGGUCAGAAGAGGAGAUUCUGGUGAUUUCUGCCAUGCUACGAAAGGAGCUGCGCGAUCUGGGCGUCCACGCCUACUGGCCCUACUACGUUGUAUACGCACCGAUUUUCACCGACGACUCUUUCGAUGGGCAUGGCGGCAAGGGUGUUGAUGCACCAGAAUAUAUCGGCCAAUCAGUCCCUUGGAUAUGUCCCUUUGGCCGAAAGAAAGCGGAAUAA